AGGAUUAAACGGUGGAAGACUGGGAGGAGAUAAGAAAAGAAGAAAGAGAGGGAAGGACAAAAGAAGGUGGCUGGAAUCCAUGGCUUUCCGGUGAAGAGUCGCGGGUAAAUAGAAAAACAAAAGAGAACAAAGAGAGAGAGAAGAGAAAUCGAAAGAGGAACAACUUGAGCACGGCAGCCGGUUGAUUAUUCAAUAAGAAAAAUGUCGGGCGUGACCAUAACAGACGGCUCCGAUUCUCCAUCAGUGUUCUCUCUAGCCUCACAGAUAUGCACUCACAUAGCUUCCAGUUUCUCCAAACCUACUGAUCCUUAUCCGCCUCCCUUAGAUUUGAUAGUCACAAAUCUCUCCGCCAUCGCCGCUCAAAACGGCCGCGUCUUCCUCUAUGGAGUGGGUCGGGAGGGUCUGAUGCUUAAGGCUCUAUGCAUGCGGCUCGCCCACUUGGGUCUCUCCACCCACUUUGUCUUCGACAUGACCACUCCUCCCAUCACAUCCAACGAUCUCUUCAUCGCCUCUGCGGGACCAGGGGGAUUCUCCACUGUCGAUGCCUUGUGCUCUCUAGCAAGAUCGAAGGGUGCCAAAGUGUUACUGUUGACUGCUCAACCUGAAAGCGGGUCUUGUGUGAAGCAUGCUAGCGUGGUUUGCUACGUGCCGGCGCAGACUAUGGCAACUGAUGAGGAGGUGAAAUCUCGGCCGUUGUUACCGAUGGGAAGCGUUUACGAGGGAGCUUUGUUUGUAUUGUUUGAGAUGGUGAUUUAUAAAUUGGGUGAAGUUUUGGGACAGAGCCCAGAGACCAUCCGAUCUCGACAUACAAAUCUUGAAUGAAAAUCAUAAAAAUCUAGAGCCAUUUGUGUUGUUGCCGAGUUCCUUGUGAUGGAGAAUUUAGGGGGUGCUUUUAAUGCAAAUUUUCUUGCGAGUCUUUACUAUGAAA